AUGCCGGCCACGGCGGCCAAUCUCAUUGAGACUAGCCAACUGCGCAGGAGAUAUUAUAGUGCACAAGUGUACGCGCAGACACAACGUGCACUCUCUAUUCCUGUCGCUCUCAUACUCCGGUGGGACGACUGCUCGACACGACCAGUGAGAGUUAAGGCGCAGGAACGACGGCUUUACGUGCUCUCCGAGGCACGGGGG